UGUCCCCGGAUGGCCUCAUCGUGACCAAUGCCCAUGUGGUGGCGAAUCGGCGGCGGCUGCGGGUGAAGCUGGCUAGCGGAGAGCUCUACGAUGCCGUGGUCCGUGAGGUCGACCAGGUGGCAGAUAUCGCCACCAUCAAAAUCAACCCCAAGGUGUGUGGGGAGCCAGCAACCUCUGCCCACGCUACCCCUGGGUCGCUCCUCAGAGGUGCGUCAAGGUGAGUUUGUUGUGGCUAUGGGCAGCCCUUUUGCUCUGCAGAACACCAUCACCUCCGGCAUCGUCAGCUCUGCCCAGCGCGGCAGCCAGGAGCUGGGCCUGGCCGAUUCCAACAUGGAGUACAUCCAGACCGACGCCGCCAUAGAUUUCGGGAACUCAGGGGGCCCCCUCGUCAACCUGGACGGCGAGGUGAUUGGGGUGAACACAAUGAAGGUGACCUCGGGUAUCUCCUUCGCCAUCCCCUCGGACCGGCUGCGGGAAUUCUUGCAGAAGGGGGAGCAGCGCAAGAGCUCCUGGUUCGGCAGCACGGAGGUGAAGCGCCGCUACAUUGGGGUGAUGAUGCUAACGCUGACCCCCAGUAUCCUGGCCGAGCUGAAGCUGCGAGACUCCAGCUUCCCUGAUGUCUCGUAUGGGGUCCUGAUCCACAAGGUGAUCAUUGGCUCCCCAGCCCACCAGGCAGGCCUGAAGGCGGGUGACGUUGUGCAGGAGAUCAAUGGGCAGACGGUGCGGCGUGCAGAGGACAUCUACGAGGCCGUGCGGACGCAGAACAGCCUGGCCCUGCUCGUGCGCCGCGGCCAUGACAUGCUGCUGGUGAACGUCAGCCCUGAGGUCACGGAGUAGAGAGCUGCCCAGCUGGCAGGGGCGCCGUGGACUUGGCUUGAAGCACACGAGCCGAGCCAGAGGCUCGGGGUGACAGGCAGGAGGCCCCUUGCUGCAACACGGGGCGGUGCAGAGGAGACUCGGCCUUUGCAAGAGCCUGAAAUGCCCCAGCCAGCGGGGCUGGUCCUGGAACUGGCUCAUGGGGGGGGGUGGCUGCUGUCUGCUUCCCUCAUCCCCAUUAAACCUCU